GCCGGUGUGUAGGAGCUGUCAGUGAGUUGCUGUCAGGGGAGUCGCCGGGCAGAGCUGCUGUGAGAGUGAGUUUGCCGCUCGUGUGUGACUGUCACUAGCUGUCAGGCUUGGGUGUUGUGUGAGGGCCGCUCCGCACUUGCAGCAGGAGGUGUCUAUCAAAGCCUGAUGACUAAGAUUCCUAGCAAACCGUGUGUGAAAGCGUGGAAGUGACAUUUCUCCAAUUCUUGCCGUCCCACAGUAGACCUCUGUCUUUUAACUUGGUGAUGAUUGUGGGGUUUCAUAUUCUAUAAAUAUUUUUGGGGAAUGGCGGUCAACGUGUAUUCAACAUCGAUAACCCAGGAGACUAUGAGCAGACAUGACAUCAUUGCUUGGGUCAAUGACAUUGUGUGCUUAAACUACAUAAAGGUUGAGCAGCUCUCUUCAGGUGCGGCCUAUUGCCAGUUUAUGGAUAUGCUGUUCCCUGGCUGCAUUAGUCUAAAGAAGGUCAAGUUUCAAGCCAAGCUGGAGCAUGAAUACAUUCACAACUUCAAACUGCUGCAAGCAUCUUUUAAAAGAAUGAAUGUUGAUAAGGUCAUUCCAGUAGAAAAACUGGUGAAAGGACGCUUCCAGGACAACCUGGAUUUUAUUCAAUGGUUCAAAAAAUUCUUUGAUGCCAACUAUGACGGCAAGGAAUAUGAUCCAAUGGAAGCCCGACAAGGACAGGAUGCACUUCCUCCCCCCGACCCUGGAGAACAGAUCUUCAACCUGCCAAAAAAGCCUCAUCAUGCCAACUCCCCAACAGCAGGUGCUGCCAGGUCAAGUCCAAUUGCAAAACCUGGAUCCACAUCAUCUCGUCCAUCAUCUGCAAAGAAAGCAGUGCCCUGUCCCUCAGUAAAAAGUGACAAAGAUUUGGAAACACAAGUCUCACAUCUUAACGAACAGGUACAUUCAUUAAAAAUUGCCCUUGAAGGAGUCGAGAAAGAAAGAGAUUUCUAUUUUGGAAAGCUAAGGGAAAUCGAAUUACUUUGUCAAGAACAUGGUCAAGAGGGUGAUGACCUACUCCAGAGGCUAAUGGACAUUCUAUAUUCCUCAGAAGAACAGGAGAGUCACACAGAGCAGCAUGAAGGUGAAGAGGAGCAGGAGCAUGGGCAGGAGGAGGCAGAGCAGCAGGAGGAAUACUGACCCUAACACCCACCCGUACUUCACUGUUGUCAUUUCAUGUGGAACUUUCUUCCAAGACACACCAUCCAAUGUAAUAUAGAGAGCGCCAGUAAAAACACCAAAUUCUGUUCCACUUACUUUUCCAAGGCGUGUUUGUUUACAGAAGUCGCCCGAACAAAACAAAUGGUGUGAGCUACUCUGCGGCGACGUCUCCCACGUGACUGUUUCACAUCAUUUCCCUUGAAUUUAUUUAUUUGAAAUUGAGCUGUUUCCUUUCUCUCUGCUCGCUCACAAUUGUAAUAGCGAACAAUAUUUAUAGUUCCAUGUCAUGAAAAUGCAAAGUCACCUCCACGUAUCCAGGUCAAAUGUCACCCAUUGUUGUGUAAUCAGGUAUCAUCAGCAGAAAUGAAGUAAAUGAUACAUAUACAUCA